GAGGGCCGUAGCUAGGGGCAGCACUGGUCGCGUGUCAAGUGCUCAACGUGUUCGUAGUAGGCCACCUAGUGAGACGGAGUGAACCGAAACCGGGUGUUCCGGAAGUACUUUUCGCCCACCAAUUAGAACGGCGCUGGACGUUAGCAUUCCAAAAAUCAUCGUUUAUCGACGCGUGCCCGGAACGCCGACACGGGCACCACGCGGUGCGGUCAGUUAGAGCGAUCAGUCGUUGUCGCUCGGCUCACGGGGACGGAUCAGAACACCCUUGUCAAGCCUCUCUAAUUGAGUCGAUUGCGAUUGAGCGAGUGAAGUUGUGCGCGGCAUUUAGGAAGGAGCAGUGUACUCUGGUGCUCCGGUUUAUGGGCACACAUCCGGCUGAAGAUGGCGGAUUUGGAUGGAAGGCAUAGUAAAGAAGCGGUGGUUACGCUGCAGCUAGAGGAACCGUUAAGGGAACCAGAUGAAGGAUGUUGCCGCCGGUUGGCACUGUUUCUGGGCGUUUACUGGAAGACGCUGAUCGUGCUGGGGGCACCGUGCCUGGCCGGAGGUGUCUUUCUGUUCGAUACAACGCCACCGUAUCGCUGCUUGUUUGUCGUGAUAGUGAUGGCGCUGCUGUGGAUUACGGAAGCGCUUCCGUUGGCCGUCACCUCCAUGCUACCGAUCGUGCUGUUUCCGAUGCUGGGCAUCCUCGGCACCAAUCAGACGUGCAUGAUGUACAUGAAGGACACGAUACUGAUGUUCAUCGGUGGUAUUGUGCUGGCACUGGCCGUCGAGUAUUGUAACCUGCACAAACGAGUGGCACUGAAGGUGAUCUCGGUGAUUGGGUGUAGCCAGCGGAAGCUAACGUUUGGUCUGACCGCCGUAACGAUGUUCGUUUCGAUGUGGAUCUCGAACACGGCCACCGUUGCCAUGAUGUGCCCGAUCGUGCAGGCAGUUCUCGAAGAGCUAGAAGCGCAAGGAAUCUGCAAAAUGUACGAAGAAUCCAAAUCGUUGGAAAGUGGUUCCAGUCAGGAGGAGAAAGCACCUCGUCCAACUAAGACAACGCUUUGCUAUUUCCUCGGAACGGCCUAUGCGGCAACGUGCGGUGGAUGUGGUACGAUCGUUGGCUCUGGUGCUAAUCUCACGCUGAAGGGUAUCUACGAGAGCCGCUUUCCGGAUGCCCCAGGGAUCGAUUUCCCGAAAUUUAUGUUCUACAACGUGCCCGGUAUGCUGGUGUACACGUUUCUCACCUGGAUGUACCUCCAGUGGCUGUUUAUGGGCAUGUUUAGGCCGUAUAGCGCUGAAGCCAAGGCAGCAAAUAUUGGACCGGAGGGUGAGGCAGUUGCGAAGCGGGUCAUUCUGCAGCGUUACCGAGAGCUCGGACCGAUGACUUCCCACGAACGAGGAGUAGCGUUCUUUUUCAUUCUUUCCAUAGUGCUGUACUUUACCCGAGAGCCUGGUUUCACCAGUGGAUGGGCGGAAAUGCUACCCGCUGUUCGAAUUCGAGACGCAACACCUGCCAUUUUCAUUGUGAUUGCGCUGUUUAUCGUACCCUCCGAUUGGAGUUGCUUCAGAUUUUUCCACAAGGGGGGAGGUCGUCUCCCGCGCCACGCUUCACCGGGCCUUAUCACGUGGCGCUUUAUCAACCAAAAGACACCGUGGAGCUUGCUGUUCCUGCUCGGGGGCGGUUUUGCCAUAGCCGAGGGUGGUCGCUCUUCCGGUAUGGCUGUCCUUCUCGCCCAGUCACUCGUAGGGCUCAAGGUUCUGCCACCGCUCGUCCUGCUCUUCGUACUGUGCGUGGUGGGCGAGUUCCUCACGGAGUUUACCUCGAACGUGGCCAUCUGCAACAUUGUGCUCCCGGUGUUGGCGGAAGUGGCCGUCGCGAUUGAAAUUCAUCCACUGUUCCUGAUGUUUCCGGUGGCCAUCAUCUGUAGCUUCUCGUUCCACCUACCGGUCGGUACACCGCCGAACGCGAUCGUCGCCGGGGUGGGCAACAUUCCAACCAAGGAUAUGGUCAUCGCCGGCAUCGGUCCGUCGGCAUUCACGUUGAUCGUCAUCUGGGUCCUCUUCCCCACCUGGGGUGCCUUCAUCUACCCGGAGAUGGCCACGUUCCCCGAUUGGGCCCGGCCAUAGAACGUCAGUGUUCUAGUGAACCGCGAGGAUCUUGAGAAUCCGCAGAAAAAAAAAGGUAUUCUCUCUCCAACUCGAGCUCGAGCCACUUGUGCGCCAUUGUCUGUGUGUUUUUUGUGUUUUUUAUGUUCCGUUUACAUUGUUGGUAAGAUAAGCUAGGAUUAAAUAAAGAUUUGUUGGAAGAAAACCGGGCCAUUAAACACU